UAGGCUUUCCUCGGGAUGGACCUUCCCGUCAGUGUACCUGUGCUGGGUGUUACCUCCACUGGAUCUACCUGCCAUGCGUUGUUUGUAACUGCCCUGAUUAUUUCCGUUGCUGGGUGUCUGAGAUCAAAGUCUUCAGGCCAUAAAGGGGUGCUGGCUGUGCUGUGUUGGCAUAGCUCACUGUCCUCCUGUUUCCUGGUUCACAGUACUGUCUCUUUUAUUUCUCUUGGACGGACUGGACAGGACAGACAAUUGAACAGUGGCUGGGGACUGAACUGUCUACAGGACCAGGGAGAGCUUUCUAAUAGACCUCUACAGCCAUAUAACCUCUACAGAUUGGAGACGAGACAUUUUUUAAUCAUGGUGGUUUUGAGGAAGGGUGAAUGGGUGUGGGUAGACUCCGGGCAGGGAGUGGCCAUCGGAGCUGAGGUCAAGCUGACCGACACUGGAAAGCUGCAGCUCUUCGAUGAUGAAGGAAAGGAGCAUGAGAUCAACAAGAAGAAAGAGGAUGGUUUCCGGCCCAUGCACCCUACGUCUGUUAACGGAGUGGACGACAUGAUCAGACUGGGAGACCUCAACGAGGCCGGGCUCCUCAGGAACCUCCUGGUCCGACACAAGGAUGGGAUCAUCUACACUUACACAGGCUCCAUUCUGGUGGCAGUGAACCCGUACCAGCUGCUGCCUCUCUAUACUACAGAGCAGGUGCAUCUGUAUACGGACCGCCGGCUGGGAGAGCUGCCGCCACACGUCUUCGCCAUCGCAGACAGCUGCUUCUUCAACAUGAGACGCAACAAGAAGGACCAGUGCUGUGUCAUCAGUGGCGAGUCUGGAGCUGGAAAGACCGAGAGCACCAAGUUGAUGCUGCAGUUCCUAGCUGCUGUCAGCGGACAGCACUCCUGGAUAGAACAGCAGAUUCUGGAGGCUAACCCUAUACUGGAGGCCUUUGGUAAUGCCAAAACCAUCCGCAAUGACAAUUCCAGUCGUUUUGGGAAGUACAUAGACAUUAACUUCACUAAGGGCGGGGCCAUCGAAGGGGCUAAGAUAGAGCAGUACCUCUUGGAGAAGUCUCGCGUCUGCAGACAGGCCCCUGAGGAGAGGAACUACCACAUCUUCUACUGUAUGUUGAUGGGGAUGCCAGCUGAACAGAAGAAGAUCCUGUCUCUAGGCAACGCCUCCGAGUACAACUACCUCACCAUGGGUAACUGCACCAGUUGCGAUGGGCGUGAUGACAUUAAGGAGUACGCCCACUUCCGCUCGGCCAUGAAGAUCCUGAUGUUUUCUGAGAAUGACUCCUGGGAGAUCAACAAACUGCUGGCCGCCAUGCUGCACCUGGGAAACGUCCACUUUGAAGCCACCAUUUUGAAUAAUCUGGAGAGCUGUGACGUCAUGACGUCACAUCAUUUCAACAUGGCAGUCAAACUUCUGGAGGUGGACCCCAAGGCCCUGGAGAAGAGUCUGACCCAGCGUUCCUUCAUGACCUCCAGGGAGAGUGUGACCAAACCUCUCACCUCAGCCCAGGCCAUGGACGGCAAAGACGCAUUUGUCAAGGUGAGACUGGUACCACUUCUUGUCUUGCCAAAUUGA